AUGGAAAAUGUCAUUGCUUUUGCUUCUGCAGAUAUUCCCGCAUCGAUGGAGAAUGUUACUGCUCCUGCCUCUGCGAAAAUUACUGCUCCUGAUAAUGUUACUGCUCCUGCCUCUGCAUUAACAGACUCUUCUUCCUUUUCUUCUAAAUUUACUCCUCUUUCUCUAGAGUCCCUUUCUAUUGAUAAGGAGAUUUUAGAAGGGAUGAGUUCCACUUCUCAAUCUUUAUCUGAUCUUAUAGACUCUUCUCUCUCAUCCUUUGAUGACCCUUUCAAGCUUCGCAUCUGUAGCGCUCUAAAGAAAUUAGUGAAGCUCGUCGUCGCGAUUUUAGCUGAAGGCUAUUUCGAAUCUCGUAAUUCCACAAUGGAACUCUCUCAUCAGAACACUAUAUUAAGAAAUGAAAUUAACAAAUUGAAAGGAGAUAUACAGACCGUAACUCUUGAAUCUGAUGAUCUUCGUAAGAGGAAUCAAGACCUAAGAGAUUUAAAUCAGAAACGCGUUAUGGAGUUGUAUGAGUUUCAAUUUACUGCUGAAGAUGCUCGUUCUGACAAUGAGAAGUUACAGAAUCAGAUAAUUCAGCUAAACAAUGAACAUUCGUAUUCGCUUGACAAGAUUGAAAAUCUAACAAAUGAGAAUACAAACAAGAAUCUCUUCGCUCAGAAACAAUAUGAUGAAUCUUCAGAGAAAUUAACCGCUCAGAACAAAAAGAUUAUUCAGAGUAAGAUAAAUUUGACGGUGAAGAUGAAUCAACUUCGAGAAGAGUAUACUCAAUUGAAAGAAUCUCAUGAUGCUCUUAUGAAAGAGAAGACUUUCCUUUCUUUCGAUGAAAAAAGAAUUCGAUCUCGUCUUAAAGGUCUGGUUGGUAAUGAUUUUGUUAAGGGUAUGGAGAGUGCGAAGAAUAAUGGUCUUGGUUUAGCUCAAUAUCUCAUUUCUCAAAGGGAAGAUUCUGAAAAAUCGUACCAGUCUACCAUCUCCCAGCUAAGAUCUGAUCUAGCCAAGGUUCACAAAGAGCGUGCGAAAAAAACAAAAUUAUCCAAAGAUAUUUCAGUUGCACUUAGUUCUUCUCAUGACCGAGCUGAAAGGAGGUUUUCGUUUCUUCAAGAUUUUAUGGAGGUUGAUAGAAGGAAUGAUGAGAAGGGUAUCGCUCGCCAAGAUCACAAUAAAACUCAGACUCUUGUCAAUAAGAUUCUCCUAAGCGAAUCACUUCCCCCGGUUAUUAUUCCUCCUCUUCAGAUAAGCGAUGAUGAAAGACUCCCUGAGCCUGAUAGUGACUAUGAUCAUGUAAGUGAUUAG